AUGCACCAAAAGAUGCUGACCUUACCUUCUCGACCAGCGAAACGAUCAUUUUUCGCACGUUCUUCGGCAUGGUCAAAGCGUGCACAGCCUAUUACUCCCACAGCCCUUCUGCAGCGGAUUCGGCAGCCAGUGGACCGGAUCCCUCUUGACUCUAUGCGCCAGCUUCGUGUGGCUCUAGCUACAGAAUCUCCGGCAUGGCUAGAUGAGUUCCUGGAUGCCAGUGGAUACGACACUCUUCUCGCACAUCUUGACUCGCUUUUGCGCAUGGAAUGGCGUGAGGAACAACACGAUGAUACCCUCUUGUACGAAAUCUUGCGGUGCAUUGUCGCACUUGGCUCGUCGAAGUCUGGGCGCUCAGCGUUAAUCGACCAAGCUCCUGCGCCUUUUGAGCAGUUGUGUGUUGCUCUGUACUCAGACCAGAUCCCGAAAGAGCUUGAGAUGCGCCGUAUGAUCGUUCUUCUACUGCAUAUGCUCGUCGGCCAUGAUCUGCCACCCACUGUGCUGGAGAAGCGAUCUGUCCAUCGAGUACCUGUGCAAGAUGUGCCGUGCCUAUCCUUCGCUUCAAAGAAGCAUGACGGCGCAGCGCUUGCUGCCAUGCUGCUUCACACGCCACGACCCUCUACAAUGGAGAACAAGGUUGAUUUCCUGCAAUGCGCUCACGAGCACCGACCUUUGCGUAAACAUGUAGAGGAGCUGCAGCGUGUGUGUGGCGAAUUUUUCUGGAUCUUUUGCCACGAAAACAAUGCAAUUUGGGACUGGGACUCUCUCGAUACACAGGCAGCUAUGGCACCACGUGUUCCGAGUGGCAUGACGGGCAGUGUUGAAUGGGAAGCAAUCAUGUACUUGACUGAGAACUUGAGUCUCAUCAAUGCUAUUCUUGCAUCCUUCUUAAAAUCAAGCGCGGAAGCGGCGCGUGCUUUUGUGGAUGAGCUUUACUUCGCACAGUUCUCUUCUGUCAUUCAAACGCUGCGCCUGGCAUCUCAAUCCUACUAUACAUCCAUGCACGCUGAACUUGCUCAUUGGUGUGCUCUUGAAAAGCAGUCUAAGCAAGAAGCUCUGCCGUUCUCCCCAAUCCCGUGCUCUUCUGCAGAGCCAGAACUGAUUCCGACACCACUACCCGUCUCGACCUCGACUCCAGCAUCAGGGCCAAAACCAGGACCAACAUCAAUGCCGCCUAUGAUCCAGGUGGAGCAAUCCGCAUUGGAAGCGGCCACGUCGCCUGCCCUUGUUGCCACACCUUACUUCACCCCCAUGCUGCCAUCUGAGCCCAUACGACCACAUCGCACCGUAUCACAUAUUCGUCACGUUAGCACAGAGCGUGUUUCCAUUCCUGUGUCACCUCGAACGAACUACAGCACCAUCACGAACAAGCACACGGGCCCCAAUUCCGGGCAAGGAGUCGUAGCAUCAUCCGUAAAUAAUACGCUUGAUGAUAUUGACAUUGCCAAUAUUGGCUUCUAA